GGCUCCGGCUCCGCCCCCCGCCUUGACGCUCAUUGGUCCUUGCCGGCGUCGCGGGCGGGAGGCGGAGCGGCGCGGCGCAGAGCCCAGCAGGACAGCCGCCAUCUUGCGUGGAGAAGGUGUCGGAGCCUGAGGCUGCAGCCGAGAGUGCCCGCUAGCCCGCGGUCCAGCCGAACCUCCUUCCCGCCGCCUCUCCGCGCCUCCCCCCGGUCCAGCCCCGCCUGACCCUCCGCCUAGCACGGUCCCCCGACCUUCAGUCCGGCCCGGUCCGGCCUCCCAGCGGGGUCAAGCAGCCGCCCUGGGGACGAUGAACGGAGGAUAAAUGGUGCCCAAGGCAGACAGCGGCGCCUUCCUGCUGCUCUUCCUGCUCGUGCUCACUGUCACCGAGCCGCUGCGGCCAGAGCUGCGGUGCAACCCUGGGCAGUUUGCCUGUGGCAGUGGCACCAUCCAGUGCAUCCCCCUCCCUUGGCAGUGUGACGGCUGGGCGACUUGCGAGGAUGAGAGCGAUGAAGCCAACUGUCCAGAAGUGACCGGGGAGGCACGUCCUUACCAUGGGAAGGAGGCUGUGGAUCCGAGACAGGGGCGGGCCAGAGGAGGCGACCCCACGCACUUCCACGCAGUGAACGUGGCGCAGCCUGUCCGCUUCAGUAGGAAGUGCCCGACAGGGUGGCACCACUACGAAGGCACGGCCAGCUGCUACAGGGUCUACCUGAGUGGGGAGAACUACUGGGAUGCUGCACAGACCUGCCAGCGCCUGAAUGGCUCUCUCGCCACCUUCUCUACAGACCAGGAGCUGCGCUUUGUCCUGGCCCAGGAAUGGGACCAGCCUGAGCGGAGCUUUGGUUGGAAGGAGCAGCGCAAGUUGUGGGUUGGCUAUCAGUAUGUCAUCACUGGCCGGAACCACUCCUUGGAAGGUCGCUGGGAGGUCGCAUUCAAAGGCUCCUCAGAGGUGUUCCUGCCCCCAGAUCCCAUCUUUGCCUCAGCCAUGUCUGAGAACGACAACGUGUUCUGUGCCCAGCUCCAGUGCUUCCACUUCCCCACCCUGCGGCACCACGACCUCCACAGCUGGCAUGCCGAGAGCUGCUACGAGAAGUCUUCGUUUCUGUGUAAAAGAAGUCAAACAUGUGUUGACAUCAAGGACAACGUGGUGGAUGAAGGGUUCUACUUCACCCCUAAGGGGGACGAUCCAUGCCUGAGCUGCACCUGCCAUGGAGGGGAGCCUGAGAUGUGCGUGGCUGCUCUCUGUGAGAGGCCCCAAGGCUGUCAGCAGUACCGCAAGGACCCCAAAGAGUGCUGCAAGUUCAUGUGUCUGGAUCCAGAUGGCAACAGCCUGUUCGACUCCAUGGCCAGUGGGAUGCGCCUGGUCGUCAGCUGCAUCUCCUCCUUCCUCAUCCUGUCGCUGCUGCUCUUCAUGGUCCACCGGCUGCGUCAGCGGCGCCGGGAGCGCAUCGAGUCCCUGAUUGGAGCAAACUUGCACCACUUCAACCUCGGCCGCAGGAUCCCUGGCUUUGAUUACGGCCCCGAUGGUUUCGGAACAGGCCUCACGCCGCUGCAUCUUUCUGACGAUGGAGAGGGCGGGACUUUCCACUUCCAUGACCCUCCACCUCCCUACACGGCAUACAAGUACCCAGACAUCGGCCAGCCUGACGACCCCCCGCCACCCUACGAGGCCUCCAUCCACCCGGACAGUGUGUUCUAUGACCCUGCAGAUGAUGAUGCUUUUGAGCCCGAGGAGGUCAGCCUGCCAGCACCUGGGGAUGGUGGCAGUGAAGGUGCAUUACCCCGGCGCCUGGAGCAGCCUCUGCCCACUGCAGGGGCCUCUCUGGCAGACCUGGAAGACUCUGCCGACAGCAGCAGUGCCCUGCUCGUGCCCCCUGACCCUGCCCAGAGUGGGAGCACCCCAGUUGCAGAGGCACUGCCAGGGGGUGGCCGCCACAGCCGCAGCUCCCUCAAUACUGUGGUGUAGAUGGUCCAGCUUGUACCCUAAUGGUCUGGGAGCACGUGUAUGCUGUCGAAAACACCUGUGGGAGACUUGAAAGGCCCCGUCCCAGCCUGGAUCCCGCGUACUGCCUCACAUCACUGGCAGGCAUGCGUGUGUACAUAGAGACCGUGGCCCGCCUCCUGCCAAAAGAAGUGAUGGCUUGCACCGAGUUCCUUGAGGGCUUCAGAAAAUGCAUAGCUUUGGGUCACUGUCUCCUCAUUUUUAAAUGGCAGAAGAGUGACAAAAUUGUUCAGACCCACAUUUUAGAGGCAGGGUAUGAAGAAGGUACUGUGGGGCCAUGGCCACACCCGACAUGUCUUUGGCGGGCUUGCUUGCUUCAGUGUGCUGUCCAGAGAGGCCUGCUGACCAGUUACCAGCUUGGGACAGGCACAGUGGGGGCUGCCAUGGUGCCCCUUGCUGGCCGCCCUCAGGAGGGGGCCUUUUGGGCUGGCAGGGUGGUAUAGGCAGUGGGUCUGCUUCAGGGAGACAGCCUCUGAGUUUGCCACAACAACUGCCCUGGAGAUGACCCCCGCAAGGCCAGUUGUGAACAUCAAGGUGGCCCUGCCCCUGGCUGGGAGUUCCCUGGGGCUCUGGAACCUGAAGUCCUGAGAAGGAGAGCUUGGAAGGAGAUUGAGCUCUUCACUGUGUCUUUCCAUCCGGGCGUUCUGCAGCCCAGCUCUGUGGCAGGAGGCCUGACCCCACCCCGUCAGUCCCUCCCAGCAUUGCUGUGCAUGGCUUCCCCAGGAGGAAGCUCUGGAGUGGCGCUGAGGCCCCAGGUGCCCUGCCAGGGCCUGGGGGCUGAGCCGCCCCCUGCCUCUCCUCUCUGGAGCCCUGGGCUCCUGCCUCCUGUUGAAUUGCCCCUGGGCUUGCCCCCUGACCUGGUUUGUGCCAUAAAGGGUUGCUUCAUUGGGGGAGGGGUGGCUGAAACCACCAUCCUGGGCUGCAUCUGUCUCCUUAAGAGUCGACUCCUUAAACCACCACCACUGCUGCAGCUCUGCCCAGCAGCCGCAUGCACACCUCGGCCCCUCCUCAGCCGUGCAGGGGCUGGGGGCUCUGCCUGGGACCCUUUUCCCUAAAAGACCCUGUUGCCUACUACCAGGCGGUGGUCUUGAAGCCUGACACAGGGCCUUUAACGUUUCUGAGGUUUGGAGAUUAAGCGGGUUCUGUGCGAUUUUUAGCACAUCCAUAUCUUUUCUACGUUGAAUGUCUGGAUCUUU